UUGAAUUUUCAACUCUACAGCACGUCAAGCUGAAAAAGUAGAAAAUUUUCAACAACAAAUAUCAAAUUUAAUUUUGAUAAUGUUCUCAUCAUCUUGUAUCAAAUCAUGUCUCAAAUCCUUCCUAAUAUUUGUGUCAUCGUCCAGCACACAAUUGCUAGUGAAUUUAAGAAAAAAUCAUAUAAAAUUAUCACACCUACUAGAAUCACAUAAAACGACAUCAACGUCAAGCAGAUCCGCAUAUAGAAAUGUAUUAAGAAAAAAUAAAUCUGAUAAAAAUAAUGCAAUUGUAAAUAAUAAGGUGUACAUAGUGAUAUAUUUAUUAUUAAGUGUAAUUAGUAUAAGCAAUUGUGCUGCAAAUGCACUUGUGGAUUCCGCAUCAUCCACGGGCGAUGGAUUGGAUUUAGAAGAGUUGGGUGAGAUUUUCAAGAAAGUCGCAUAUCCAACAUCAACAACAACAACUAAACGGAGUAUCAUAGAUAAUGUUUAUGUGCCGAGUAUAACUACCGUGCCUACACCCUCGUUAACAACUUUUCGAUAUUAUGAGAAAGACAGUCAAAUUAAUGAUCAGCAUCAGCAACAAAUCAAAUCCCAUCAUAACAAAUUUGAGUUUGAUCUCGAGCGAGAUCAUGCGCUGCCUACAUCAGCUCCGAAUGCUGAUAUAUUGAAAAGUAACAACAAUCCAACCUAUCCCAAUCCAAAUAGGCAUCACAAUCAUAAUCAUCGACAUCAGAAUGCCACACCAAGUCCGCAAGGUCACAGCAAAAAAUCUCCAACAUUACCAAUGCAUUCCGGAAACUUGCCAUCAUACUCACCUCCCACGCGAUCUUUCUUUACACCACCACUGCCACGCGAAUACAAUAAUCCAUUUGCUGAUAAACCGACGUUACGAGGAACAAAUAGUGAAGUUGGAAUUAUGGAUACGGGAAAUUUUAUGAAUCGAAGACCAAUUCCACCACCAAGUAUAACUCCUGGGCAUGAGCGGGUGCCACUCCGGCCUGAUUUAUCUGAUAAUCGGGCUGUAUCCAUUGGCACCUCAUCACAAGCAUUAAAUACAGACUUACAGCAACAACAACAAUCGUCACAACCGAAAAAAGUACUGAAUACACCAUCACAUAAGAACAAGGUCGAUUUAGGUCACCCGUACGAUAACAGCAAUGGCAAUAGAGCACUGUCAAAUUCUGAUAAUCCAUCGGAUGUGUCAAAAAUCAUUCCAAGCAUUUCGAGAAUCUUAUCGGGCUCAAAUGGACGUAAAGAGGAUAUUCCAGACGUACUUUUACGUACAGUUACCGUUCGUCCAAUUCCGGCUGCAGAGCCAUCAACAAAUGAGCCAUCAUCACAAUUACAACCGGACGGUAACAACAAAAAUUCACCGUCAAACAAUUUACCAUCGGAUUUAGACGAUAAUGAUAAAGUCAAUGGAAAUAAUGGAGAGAAUGACGAUAAUAAUGAUGUGAAAGAUUUAAAUUCGAAUCAAGAUGGGGACGAAUCAGAUGAUGAGGAUGUCGAAGAAGAUGAUUAUGAUGAUUUCUCAUCACCAUCACAAUCGAAUAGUAUGAGUAAUAAGAAUAUCAAUAGCGGUAAUGAUAUGAAGAAGGAUGGCGAGACAAUUUAUUCAACUGAGAAUAUACAGAAUUUAGCAAAUGUCAAUCAUGAUCGUAGUUUAUUUACGUCAACACAACAGCCACAACAGAAUCCAAUAAAUCAACAGAAUCCAAUUUACAAUAUUAAUACAAAUAAUAAAUUUAAUGCUGAACAGAGCGAGGUGCAGACAUGGACAAUUGCGUGGAAUAUUCAUGUCUAUUUAUCAGCCAUACUCUUCACAAUACUCGCCGUCUAUUCAAUAUUUAAAAUGAUGUUUUAUGAUAAGCUCACGCAUCUAUUUAAUCAAUCGUACUUCAUAACAAUACACCUAUUUCUCAUUAUCAUAUGUCUUGCACGCAUAUUUUACCUCUGCUACGAUGCAUACAACAUUCAUCUUAGCUUCGAUCCAUUCGUAUCGGAAAUUUUGCUCAAUUUGCCAGCGACAUUUUUGACCGUUGCAUUUGCCACCCUCAUACUAUUUUUAUUAAUACGUAGUCUCAAUCAUAAGAACAAUCGAUAUUCGCCAUUGAUGCGUCCAUUAACAGUAUUAGUCGCCUGUAGUGUUCACGUUGGACUUUGCAUAACGCUACAUUACGUCGAGAGCGUUGCAAGCAAGAACUUUAGUUAUACGUUGAGUCAACAAGCAGCAAAUGGCUUUGCAUCGACGAAUAGUAAUAAAAUGUAUAAUAACAUCAUUCGUGGACACUCGGGACCGCCACGAUUACUUUCGCUAAUUUGUCAAAUUAUCUACAUAUUUGUGUGUCUUAGUUUGGGCAUCUUUUAUCUUUACAUUUAUCGUAUAUUAAAGCGCGUAUUGCGCAAUAAGUCACAAAAUUAUAUACAUGGAUAUCAGAAUUUAUCUUAUGCAAUACACAUUACAAUUGCCAUUGCAUUACUCUUCGUAUCACUUGCUGCACUACAAAUUUACGGUGCAAUAAGUGUCUCAUCGACAAAAUCAUUGUCAACAUAUGAUAUUGACAUCAAUUGGCCACAAUGGGGUUAUCAAUUCUCACUGAGACUCAUUGAGGUCACAAUUAUAGCCCUUUUGUCAUGGGUAACUGGAUUAAAGACUGGAGCAUCUGAUAUGCAAUUGAAUGCCAUUAAUAUGGAUAAUGGAGUCAUACCUCCACAUGGAGCACGUAGUGGUCUCGAUUUUCAAUUGGUUAAUCCAAAUGGUGGUCUCGCACGUGGCUACGAAACAAAUAGUUUCAGAUCAAUUGGUGGUGUUGGCAUACACAAUAAUCCAACAGACACGAUAAAACAUUAUCCGUUGAAUCAUCAUCAUCAUCCAGCGCAAGGACCACCGCCGCCACACUUGAUAAAUCAUCAACCACAAAUCAACAAUGACACCGAACGGGAUUACUUUAGUAAUAAUGAUAAUAAUAGCACAAUUGUGCCAGAUCAUUAUGAGAAUCCCAAUUUUGAAUUGAGAUGUGAUAAUAGUAGUGAUGCGAAUGUUGUUAAUCGUAUCCAUAAUGGAAGUAGCUCAGAGAGCAAUAACCAAAAUAAUUUAGAUGAAUAUUAUUCCGAGCCAUUGAAUGCACAACAACAGCAACAUCAUCAUCAUCAUCAUCCCCAAACGGGAGCUACAAUGACACAUUACGAUGGACGAUCUCGUGAGGGACCGAACGGUGCAUAUGACUUUCAGAAUUUCGAGAGACCGACUUUUGAUCGUUCAAGCUCGCGUAAUGAGUUCCGUGUAUCAAAGAAUUUAAAGGCGCUCAAGAGUGGCACUGGCGCAAAUACAAAUACACUUAAUUACAAUUAUAGUGAUAAUAUAUCAAAUCAUUCAUCAGCAUAUGGUUUCACAACGGCUAAUGCUGGUGGCAAUAACAAUAAUAUAAAUAGUAGUAAUAAUAAUAGUAAUUUCAAUAAUAAUUCAUUCGAGCGGCGUAGUGGUGUUCGCAAGAGUGGUACAUUAAAUAAUAUUGGUGCUAUACAUCAUUCGCGAGGUGGAAGUAGUGGAAAUGAGCGUGGAACGAAUGGCAAUGGAAGUGGUGGAUGUAAUUCAUCCUCGUCGUCAUCUAGUGGUAUUGUGGUCGGUCAUCAUCGAUCUGGCAUUCAAACACUCAAUUCACGAUCUGCACAGCAUUUACAACAACAGCAGCAGCAGCAACAAAUUCAACAACAACCACCAAUGUUCCAUCAACCACAAUAUGAGCGCGAUUUUACGCGAAAUACAUCUGGUCGUAUAUCAAAUAAAGCCAAAUUAAUGGCAGCUGCUGCACAGCACUCGCCAACCGCACAGCAACAAAUACAUCAUCAGCAGCAACGUAGCGGAAGUAGUAAUGUGAUGGAUCAAUAUCAAAGUAGCAGUGGUGAUAGUGCGACCAGCGGCUCAAUGCUUGUUGCCGAACACGGUUUCGUAAGAUUUCGUGAAUUAAGUGAUAUUGGUAUUAAUGAAUGUUAAUUAUUAUAAUUUAAUUAAUUAUUGUCCAUUUUUCUCCUCCUCUACCUGCCUGCCUCUCUCUCUCUCUCCCUUGAAUCUCCUUUAUACUCAGUAAAAAAAAGCCUUUUCGUUCACUUUCCGAAUAUCUCUUUUUCUUUUCAUUUACGUACAUGAAGAAAAAAACGCGAUAUAAAUUAAUGAUGAUUAUGGUAUGAUAUUCAUUGCCGAUAAUUAUUUUAUACCACUAAGAACCACUUACUAAUUUUCCGUCUCUCCUUCUUACUUCGCCAUUUUAUCCUCACGGUUUUUUUAUUUCCUCUUCUCAUGACAUAAUGAAUAAACAUUUGCAUUUACUUAAUUUUUGUUAAGUUUUUAUAAGAUAAAAGAAAUUAAUUUCGUUCAGAAUCUCCAAUUUUUCAUGAUGUCUGUGGACUUCGUGCUUAUGGAUUAAUGAUUCUCGUGCUGUUUCUAAGUUAUUCGUUUUGUGGGCUUUAAGAAAGUUAUUACUGAUCAAAAUGAUAGAUACAGUGAUUUUAAGGCUAGAUAAAGCUUGUUUUUAAUGAAUAAUGAUUUCAAAUUCGAAGAAAUUACUUUUUUGAGAACUUUUUCUGAGUCAGCAGUUAAACAAUAAGUUUAAGACUCUAAAAAGUAGUUUAAUUAUUAGGAUUGUGGGUUAAUAAUAAAGCUGAAAUGAAUUGUAAUGUUAGAUUUAAUGAUUUUUGACUUACCUGAGAUUUAAUGUGAACAAAAUGAUUUGUUUUGAGUGAAUCC